AUGGGCCUAACUACCCUCGAAAAUCGGCUUGCAAGGGUAAGGUUGCCUGAGGCUUAUAAGCUUUACAUUAUGAAGAAUCCGGGCGAUGUGGGACUAUUUCUAACACUUACUACACAAAGAAACAACGACAGUCUACUGUUUAGAUGUUUUGAGGACAUUAGUAUGUAUUCCAUAAGUUAUGAUUCAUUAUCGAAUGAACCUGAUGCUCCUGUUGUUGUUGAAUUGGAUUUCCCCUAUAAAGCUUCUUCUGAAUUGCUAGGCUCAUGUAAUGGCUUGGUAUAUGGCUGGAACCAUCAUAAGGAAUUCUUUUUUCUGUUGAACCCAGCCACCAAGGGAUACAAGAGAUUACCCGAAACACCAGAUACAUAUAAUUAUUACCGUGAAUUACAUGGUUUUGGUUAUGAUCACAAGACCGACGAUUACAAGUUGGUAACGAUUAAUAAAAAUGUAGAGGGUAAUAAUUUGGUCCAAGUCUGUUCUUUAAAAUCAAAGUCAUGGAAAAGCUUUCAAUCCAGCGAGUAUGAGUUUCAUUCUGAUGAAAGAUCCGGGGUGCUUUUAAUGGAGCUCUUCAUUGGCCCGCGGGGGAAUGUAUAG